AUGCGCCGCAGAUUUCGAUUGGGCCACCUCGCCUUUAUUCUUCUUUCCUUUUGCCUCUGGCUCACGGAAUGGAUGAGCGCUCGGUGCCUGUUGGCCGGUCAGAUGGGGCUUUCGACAGGAAGUCUGCCCUAUCGAGGGAGGCAUCACCGGGUCUGUCGAGCAGCAGGGCGGGCUUCGGCCUCACCGUGGAAGAUCCUGGGGCUGCAGCGUGGGACUGCCAAAGAAGACAUCAAGGCCCGCUACAGAGAGCUUGCUGCCACUGAGCACCCAGACAAGAGGACAGAUUUGGAGCCCGCCUUGGCUUCGGCUCGGUUUGCUGAAAUCACCUCAGCAUACCGCGACCUCAUGGACAAGCCAGAUACCGAGGACAGCAUUGCGAGCAACUGGCGAGACGAAGUCUGGGAGGAAGUUAAGUCCGAUGUCGAUCCAGAUUCGUAUGUCAUUUUCUAUGCAAUCGCACUGUGGGUCGUAGUGUUGCUCUUCCUGUCCAACUUGGAUUGGUUCACUUGGGACGAUUGCUAUCAGACGUGGCAGUGGUGGUGCAGCUUGAAAGGUAACUAG